AUGUAUACGAAAAGAAAGGAGCGUGGCGGCUGGUCUCAAUGGAGCGAAUGGUCCCUCUGCUCUCGGACCUGUGACGGUGGAGUGUCCAGACAGCUCAGAACUUGCUCCUCACCAGUUGGCUGUAGAGGAGAACCAGUUCGAUAUAAGAUAUGUAACAUGCAGCCUUGCCGUGCGAAUUCAACGCUUCUAGAAGAAGACAUUUGGCGGGAACAGCAGUGCAGUGCCCACGACAAUACCCCCUAUGGCGGAGAGCUGUUUCAUUGGCGAGCUCAUAGAGAUGACGCGGAACCCUGCGCGCUGACAUGUAGGGGUACACCUCAGCAUUCUGGAUUAAAACCUGAACCGACAGUCACACUGGAUGAUGACGACCGCGUGGUGGUGGCGGUAUUGGCUCCGAGGGUGUCUGAUGGCACCAGAUGUAGACCUGGCAGCUUAGAUAUGUGCAUCGAUGGGAGGUGUCAGCGCGUUGGUUGCGACCUACGAGUGGGCUCAACGAGGCGAGUGGAUGAGUGUGGGGUUUGUGGUGGCGAUGGGUCUUCCUGUUCUAGACCAAGGUACCAUUGGCUCUCAACACCAGGGUCAUUAUGCUCUGCCACUUGUGGAGGAGGAUACAAGAUGUCGCUUGCUGUAUGCCGUGACAGACUGACAGGGUUGGAUGCGCCUGAGCAGCUUUGCGACGGAUCUAGCAAACCUUCCUCGUCUGUCGUCAGAUGUAACACACAUCCUUGUCCGUACAAAUGGUACGUUGGUGAGUGGUCGUCCUGCAGUGUCACUUGCGGUGGAGGAAUUCGAACCCGCCGCGUGCUCUGCGCAAGAUCAGCUAACGUAACUCGGACUGAUACAUAUGAUCCAGAAUCAAGCUCAGAACCAGGAUGUGUCUCCCCACCACCUCGUUCGACUCAAGACUGCAAUGAACAAGAAUGUCCCACUUGGAUUGCUGGUCCCUGGUCUGGGUGUUCAGUAUCCUGCGGGGAAGGUGUCCAAGUACGCGGCGUGGAAUGCUCGCCAGCCGGUGGUAUGUGUGACCCAUCAUCCAGACCGGAGAUCUCUAGAUCUUGCUCAACUGGGAUCAGCUGCCCGGCGUAUAGAGAAUCAGAAGACCCAGAGGAUGACAUUGAAGAUCUGCUUCCCGGGGUAAUUUAUCACACACAGCCCCUGAUACAACCUUAUCCUCCGCCGCAAGCCAAGGCAGAACAGCUGAUCGGAGAAGCUGAAGGCCCCGUAGAAGCUACCUACAUCAAAGAUGACGAAUGGGGACCGUGUAGUGUGACAUGUGGUGAAGGCUGGAGAAAGAAGGAAGUGCACUGCAAGAUUUAUCUAGAAUUCAGCAGAACGAUAGCAAAGCUACCGGACAGCAAGUGCAUGGGUCCUAAACCUUCUGAGGAGACCCAAAGAUGCGUCAUGGAGCCGUGCUCCAUGGCUUACGGGACUUCGUUCGGAGACUCUAGCGCACCAUCGUACGGUGGUGAUAGGUAA